UGUAAUGAAAUAUUGGUGAGAAGGUUCAACUUCUGCUGCCAUACCACCGUCUCUGAUGUUGUGGGCCAACACAAUAAAAUAGGAGGUAUUACUUUUGGAGCAACUCCCUUACAAUAUAUUUUCUGAUUGCAAAGAGACAUUUCUGAGAAUACUCAUGAAAAUUAGCCAAACAUUUUGUUAAAAUGUUAUGUGAUUCUUCAAAGAUAUGUUGUGAAUAUUAAUAUCUUCCUCCCCAAAUUCCUUCUAGCAAGCAGGUGCCUGAUGCCCUGGGUUUGGAUGCAGCCCUGCAGUCGCCAACGCUGAGCCUCGCCUGUAAUUUGUUUUACAUUGUUUGAGCGUAAACAUUAGUCAGUCAUGUUCUGCGUAAUAGUAGUGUGCUUUGUACAAACUGAUUUUAAUGUGGCUAUAGUGUAAAAAUGCAGCUCUAUUUCUGUAUCUUGAAUGAAAGGAAACUGAGUAUAUAUAUGCUUUCCAGUUUCUUUACAUCUUUUAUUUCUCUGGUGUAUUAUUUGUGGGAUUUUUUUUUCGGUUUAUGUAAUGAACUUCAGUAAUGAAGACAUUGAAAAGUCAGAAUUAAGCAGGAAGUAUUUUGGUUUUUUGCUAGUUUAGCACUUUGUUGACAUAUCUAAACAGGAAUUGGUAUAUCUUAAAGUGUUUUACCAGUGAAACUUUGCCAGUCUUACCCUGGCAGAACCUUGUAUGUGCAAUUCUGAAUCUCACCAGAAAGACCAUGGGCUUGUGAUAGACAUCCUAAAGCAUCCCCCAGAAAAUAUCAGCACAUUAGCAGACCUGUCCCAGUGCUGCAGUGGGAUUGUUCAGUCCAAAGAGGAGGCUCAGGGGAGACCUCAUCUCUCUCUACAACUGCCUGAAAGGGGGUUGUGGUGAGGUGGGAGUUAGCCUCUUCUCCCACGUAACAGCAAUAGGACAAGAAGUAAUGGCCUCAAGUUGUGCCAGGGAGGUUCAGGUUGGAUAUUAGGAAAAACUCAUUCUCAGAAAGAAUACGUUUUUGUGUCUCAGAGGCACUGACAUGGGCUGCCCAGGGAGCUGGUGCAGUCACCAUCCCUGGAGGUGUUCAAGAACCAUGUGGAUGUGGCACUGAGUGACAUGGUCAGUGGGCAUGGUGGGGAUGGGCUGAGGUUGGAUGAGAUGAUCUUAGAGGUCUUUUCCAACCUUAAUGAUUCUAUAUUUUUAUGAAACACUAUCUUGAUGUAAAAUCAUGGAGCAGUGUGAGAAAUUUCCCGCUCAGAAAUUUAGUGGUUGUAUUCUGCUUUAUUUCAUUUUCUGCAAUGAAAUACACAAAUUGCAAACUUUCUGUACACUCAAGAUAAUUUAGCUGGUUGUUGCUAUCCGUGCAAGAACUGAGUGGCAUGAUUGAUGUUGUCCUGUACAAGAAAAUAAGGGCUCAAACAGGGGACUACCUGCAUGAAGGCGCUCAAAGGAAAGCAAUGAAAGGACUAUCGCACGUGUUCCUUCCUCUCCUGUUCACCUCCACAUCCGAUCUAUACUGGCGCGUUUCCAAUGGCUUAUACGAAAAAGUCGUUAUCGGAAAUAUCCAUGUUCUGCCUUUAAACCUGACUGAGCAGCUGUGCCGAAGGAUGACAGCAGACCCGCAGCCGGCCGUACGGGAGCGGCGCGGCUACCGGCGGCGGAACCCGAGCAGCCGCAUCCCUUCGGGCUCCGCGGGGCGAGGGCGGGGGCUGGGGAGGGGCCGGCCGGGCUCAGCCUCCUUCCGCCCCGGCUUCUUCUGCCCCGCGGGCAGCGGUGGUAGCAGCGGUAGCUAUGGGGGCGGCGGUGGGGCAGCGGAGGCGCUGGGGGGUGCCGGUGUUGCUGCUCGCCUAUCUAGGCUACGUGGGGCUGGGGGCUGGCGUGCUGCAGGCGCUGGAGAGGCCGGCCGAGGUGCGGGCUGCCCGGCGGCUCCUCCAGCAGCGCUGGGAGCUGCUCGCCAACCACACCUGCCUGCGGGGGCCCGCCCUGCAGCGGCUCAUCCAGGGUAUCAUCGAAGCCUACAAGAGUGGUGUAACCAUCCAGGGAAACACCACUAGCCUGGGCAGGUGGGACUUCAGUGGGUCUUUCUUCUUCUCCAUCUCUGCAAUAACAACCAUUGGCUAUGGGAACCUAAGCCCCAGCACUGUGGCUGGUCGAAUUUUCUGCAUCUUUUUUGCACUUCUUGGGAUCCCAUUGAACCUUGUCCUCCUGAAUGAAAUUGGGCAGCUGAUGUUGUUGGGGGUUCAGCGUGCUGCCCAUCGCCUAGAGGAGACAUUUCACUGGAAGAUUAAAGCUGCCCCGCUGAUGAAGACCUGUGCACUAGUAGCAGGGUUGUUCUUGUUCCUCCUACUACCUCCACUGUUGUUCUCUGACAAAGAAGGAUGGACUUAUGAAGAGGGUUUUUAUUAUUCCUUCAUUACUCUCAGCACUAUAGGGUUUGGAGACUAUGUGAUUGGGAUUAACCCAGACCGCACCUAUCCAAGCUGGUAUAAGAAUGUAAUCUCUCUUUGGAUCCUCUUUGGGAUGGCCUGGCUUGCACUGGUUAUCAAAUUUUGCAUCAACUUACUGGAGAGCUCCAGUGACUUCUGUCAGUGCAACAGGAAGAGCAUAGAGUCAUCAGAAGACUUAAUGGAUGAUGGCAAAAAGAGUAUGACAGGACUUCACAAUGUGGAGAGCUGCAAUGAUGAAGACACAAAAGCAGGAGGAUCAGGUGGAUGUCACACCCACACAGCUUCUACAGAAGCGCUUUAGGGGAGAAAUAUACCCUUGGUGUUUCUCACAUUCCAAUACACCAGAGAUCACUGCUUAGAGAUGUGGGAAUGGAGCUGCCCUGAAAUUCACACUGGGAUGCAACCUGCUUGUUGAGUGUGGAAUGAUUCUAUUCUGAAUUGAAAAUAGCAACAAAAUAUUUCAUUUGUAGCACCACCGAGAAUAAGCAACAGGACUUUUGACCAACCAGAAUUAGACUGUCAGAGAUAAUACCUACAUUGCCACUUCAGUAUGAGGUAAACUUUGAUAUCUGCACCCAGCACUGUCCACUGCCUUUUAUGUAGUUUAUGUAGCCUCCAGUUCUAUAUAUGGUAUUUUGCAAAUACCACAACUAGAAAAGGAAGCAAAUUGUAUGUUGCCAAAAGACUCAGUGAAAAUAUUCUUCUCAACAACCUGGCAGUGACUACAAAUGAUCUCCAUCACCUCUGUGUUUGUGCUUGCCAAAGGUGGUAAUGUUCUAUUAGCACUUCUUCAGUAGUCAGCAAGAGUUAAGAAAGGGAGUUAGUGGAAAUCUCAGGUUGUCAUUGGAAAACUGAUGCAAAACAAAUAAUAACUGGUUUUUUUUAAUGGAUAAUUCCUUAACAGCCUCCUGCACAAUCUUUUCUGUUCUCCUAUGUUUGUUCUCCUGUGUUUUGUCUUGUACAUCCAACAGUGGAAGUAAACAAUUGAGUUUUGAUUAAUGUUCAUAAUGGGCUAGCCCACAGUAAGGCCGAAGUGCAGUUUUUAAGUGUAUCACUGUUCUACAACAUAAAAUGGGAUACUCUUCUGCAUUAUCUUCCAUGUGCAAAACUCAGCAAAUAUUGCAGUAUCAUAGAAGCCAGAUGUCCAGGGGAUAAUAGUAAUUUCUGCUGUCAAAGGAUAAGAAUGACUCUGCUAAAUCUAUUUCAAGUUUUAUUUGAAAUGUUGCAGCUCUGGGGUUUUUUACCAACUCUAUUCUUGCAUAAGAAGGCUUAGCUUGAAAAGAGUUUCCUCUAUUUUAUUUGAAUGUCUAGAGUAUUAAUCCAAUGUAUUUCAAAACUACUGUGUUUUUGUGAGUGAGGUGUUCAUAAGUUCUCUAGAGCUUUGAGCACCCCAUACCUACUGAAGUACAAGCAUCUGCGUGCCUUAGGGGACAGCUAAUAUCACUUCUGAGAGCUGGAAGGAGGAGGAACUUCAGGAGUAGUCCUGAAAAAGGAAAAAACAGUAAUUCUUCAUAGAUUUUAGUGCUUCCACUGUAUGUUGGUGUUCGUCAACAAACCUAAGCAUGUGGCUGAGUCUCAAAGUGGCUCAAUAUCUGUACCAGCAAACCUUACUGAUUUACUUCCUUCCACAGCUGUGCGUAUACAUUGCCCAGCAGUUUCCCCGCUAGCAGUCUUGCCACAAACUCUCUGAUACUGCAUACCUAGUGGGAGGAGGCUUAUCUGAACUGCUAACUGAUCUUCCAGAGCUGCAAGCUGACUGCUUGUGUCCUAGACCACCUAAAAACAUGAAAUAAAUUGGUCAAAUACUACCCUGCCUGAAUUCUCUGAUGGCCUGUUAGCAUGUUAUCAUUUGUAAGUAACAUUUUAUUGAUAGUUAAUCAGAUGGCUUAUUGUAUCUUACUCCCCACAAACUGCUGUGCCUCUCCCCUUUCUGUUAUUUAUAAAGCUGUGCUGUGGUUAAAUGACAUGGAUGAAUUGGUUCCCAGAGGGAUGGGGAGAAAAUGGAAUUUUGCAACAUCACGAAAUCGUCAUCACAUCAUCUACUCUACUAAAAUAUGAAAGGUUAUCUACUCAAGGGUAAAAUAAAGAAAACAAAAGCAUGGUGCUGUUAUCGUUCUUGUCACAGUGAACUUUCUGUCUCCUGUAAUCUCCAUUGGAAAAUUACAGAUGCUUCUUGAUUAUUAUUUUUAUAACAUCUCUUCCUGUUCAAAUAAAAGUGCAGUUUCCAUUAGCGA